AGUCACACCGUGCUGUCCCUCCCCAGCCUCAUGGUCCUGCUCCGUUGCCAAGUGCACAUGGAGAUGGCGCACAUCGAGGAGGACGAGGACCGGCUGGAGCCGGCCAUGCAGCACCUGCAGAAGGCCAUGCUCCUGGACAGCCUCGGCCUCUACCGGGAUAAGCUCACCAUGGCCUUGAACCGGCUGCACCUUUGUACCAUGCUGUACCAGGCCCCUGAGCGUGCUGAGGACAAGGCCAUCAUGGCCAUUGAGCAGGCAAAAAAAGCUAUCCCAAAAGAUAGCGUCAGGAAGAAGCGGGCUCUCCUGGUGAAUGCAGGCCUGGCGCUAGCCCCCGACACCUUCCAAAUUGUGCUCGACAGUGAGAACGAGGCCAAAGUUUCCAUGGGGAAAUCCAGGGGCCGGUUCACCUACCUGUUUGCCAAGGCGCGGCACCACAUGAUCAGCGUGGACAAAGCUGCCGGGCAUCUGCGGCGUCUGGGGAAUGAGAAUGACAAGGAGAGAAUCCAGAUCUGGGCGGAGCUCGCCAAAGUCGCCCGGAGGCAAGGCGUGUGGGAUGUGUGCCGGGCAGCGAGCCGCUUCUGUCUCCUGUAUGACAACGUGAAGGUGAAGAAGCUGGUGCGGCCGAAGAAAGGAAAGAAGAAGAAGGGUGGAGACAGCCAGGCCCAGGACGCCUGGGGCCAGUCGGAGGUCACCCUGCAGAGGCAGGUGUCCCCCACCCUGCUCCGGAAGUUCGCGGAGGUGGGGUUCAUCAGUGCAGAGAAAUCAUUGCUCAAUCUGGCACCCAAAGUUCUGGAGGCCACUGUCCAGUUGCUGCGCUCAGAAGGCGUGGAGCUAAAUAACCAUCCGCACCCGCCGGAGGACCUGAGCCAGCACUCGGCCGGCUACACGGUCGAGUCCCCGGAGGACAGCGCGCAGUGGAUCACGUACCAGACCUGGAUCGAGAGUCUGUCGCAGAGCGCCAUGCACAGCUGGUUGCGGUCCGCCGAGAUCGGACAGGAGAUCCAGGAGGGCUGGAUCGUGCAGAACGCCGUGGUCUACGUCCUGAACCACAACCACCACCUCAUCGUGGCCGGGAGGCAGAAGGAGCUUGUGGACACCCUGGACCACCUGCUGAGCAUCGUCAAGGCCACAGGCCACAGCGGAGACCCCACCAUGUUGGUGAUGCUCUGCAAUGCGUUGGCUCGAGGCUUGAUUCUUAACUGGAUUCCGGCCCAAGUGCCAGAAAAAUCCAAAAGACCCAUGCGCUCGAACCUGUUUCACAUACCACUGGACUCGGUAGCCAGCUCUGAAGUCAGGACUGCGGUGGAGGUCUGCGAGUUUGUCCUGAGCCUGACGGACAGGACUGUGCACAAGGAGGCGGUGCCCACCAGCGCCCGGCAGCAGCUCAUCGCCACCUGGGUGAAGGCCAAGCAGCUGCUGCAGCAGCAGAUUGGGCCACGGCUGGGCAUGGACGAGCAGAGUCCCAACGAGGACGUCAACUCAGUGACGCGGGUCCUCGUCGCUCUGGAGAUGUACUCCAGCAAUGGGCUGGGCCUCAUGGACUUCACCGUGCCCCCCUUGGCCCAGUUGGUGAAGAUGGCUUCCGAGUGCAGCUGGUCGGACCCCCUGGUGGAGCUGCAGACCCUCAUGCGGCUGACCCACUUUGCGCACGCAGCCCACGACUACGAGGUCACCAUGCUCUGCUCUCAGAAGGCCAUCCAGAUGGGCAUUCGGUACCUGAGGAUGUGUAGCCCGGUCGAGACUGAACUCGUGGCGGAGAUGCUGAGCACCACAGCCUGCAUCCAGGGCAGGAGCAUCAUGGAGAACCUGAAGGGGAGAAAGCAGCUGCGCCUGGUGGCUGCCAAGGCCUUCAUAGAGAGCGCCCAGUUUGGGGGCAUCGCGAGGAACAGCGCCCUGGUGAUGCUGGCCGUGAGGCACUACUGGAACACCUGGCUUCCGUUCCUGUCUUCGGCAGCCAACAGGAAGAAAGCCAAGAACGUCAUACAGAGGAUCAUCAGCAUCAUCAACAAGACAGAAGCGAAAAAGCAGGGAAAAGGGAAAGUGCUGACUCUGCACCAAUGGCCUACGGCGGACUUCCACAGUGGAGGGAUGACAGAAGGUCAUUUUCUCCCAGGGGCCGAGGACGACCUGACGCUCCGCGCCGCGCUCUAUGGCCUGCUCUUCCACUGCCACGCCGACCAUGGCGACUGGGAGGGCGGCCUCAAGGUGCUGGACGAGGCUGUGCGGGUGCUGCCGCGGACCGCGCACCGCCU